CUAGACGGAAGGUUAACAACAGUGGUCAUUCUUCGGUUCUCGUCGUCAACGUCUUAAAAUAAUGGAUGGAACGGGAGAAAAAAGAGGCAAACGUUCGUGUUUUUAAUUGAAUCAAUUGUCUGUAUUUAAUAACUAACUUCGCUAACUACAUUGGGCAAGUUAGGGUUUAGUGCAGCUCGAGCCUAGAUCGAACACAAGACUAGCUAAAAGCGCGAGCCGUUUCCGCGUACGGUUAGAACAGGUGCAUCUCGCUCGGUCGUGUCGGCUUGCGGUUCUUUGCAUAUUUGUUACCAAAACAAUCCGUUCGUGUUCAAAAAUGUAUUUUCACAGUUGGGAAGGGUUGCUUUGCGAUGGACGUUUUGUAAGUGCCUAAAAAAAGCUAGCAAUGGCCUGCUUCUGUAACGUUAUCUAGCUAGCUACUUAGCUUGUUGUAGCUAGCUAACGUUAGCUAGCUAGUUAGCGGACCACCCGAAACGGGGCAAGCAGAACCCUCCUUGUAAUGGAAUGACAGAAUUACUUUUAUUUUUUUUGUAUCUGGACUUUUUCGAGAAUUCAAGGUUCAAUCAUUUAUUCUGCUACCAUUCCAGAUAACCUAAUUUAGUAACUAGGUUUGUUUGCCAGUGCUGUGAAUAUUAUGUCUGUCUAUGGCGAAUAGAAACGUAUUAAUGUAUUUUUAGCGCGCAUAUUUUAAAUACAGGGAACCUUUAUUCAUUUGACCUAGCUACGCUAGCAUGUAACUAGUUAUUUAAUCUAGUACUAAACUACGUUAGUUACAUUGUCUCACCUUGCUACAGUUGAUCAUUUGGCUUUCAGACCUAACUAGCUAGCUAAAUUAGUUGUUCACUCAAUAUGACGUUCCUUAUUGUCAUAUUGGCUACUGUCUUACAAUUUGAAUCACAUUAAAUUGCUGCUUGAUUGGAUUUCACAGCAACAUUAGCUAAGCUACAUUCCCCUUUUACACUUAGUUAGCCUACAUAUCCUUAUACAAAGGUCAACAUUGAAUAACCUACUUACUUGCUAGCUAAGUUACUUUCAACUAUGUUGUUCAAUGGUUGGGGUCUGACUGGGUAACAGAGGGAACAUCCAAUCGUCUGAGAUUGCAAGGCAAGCUUGUCUUGUGGAAAUGUUUAAUAUUCAGAUCAUGUACUAUCCAGUGGCUGCUUUGGUGGACGUGGGAUACGUCAAUUCAAUUUGCUCUGAAUGCCACUGUUCAUUUGAGGCCUAAUUAUUUUGGAUGGUUUCAAGGUAUUUCCUCUGUACAGAGGCAAAUGAUUGUAAAGGGGAGUUACUGAUAUAAUUUCAUGUAAACUCUUCCUCCUUGGUUGGAACUGUAUGGAGCAGACAUCCUUUCUACAUUGGGAUGAACACGGCUAUAUUAUUCUGACUGCAAAUAUGGUAGGAAAUCAUCGGCACGGUAAUAACAUUUGCUAUACCUUACACAAGGCAUUCAAGGCCUAACAUAAUUAUGUGCGCUGCCCCACUGCCUUAUUUAAUUUAUUUAAAAAAAUACUUAAUUUUAGUUUAAAGUUGAACCAAUUGUUCUGUGUUAUUGUGUGAGUGGAGUUGAGAUUUAGUAGCUGGUUGGUUGUGAUUUAGGCCACUGACCUUCCCAAAUGAAAAUGUUACCUAAUUGCAACCUUACCGAACUUGACUUUGCGUUCUUAGAAGUAUCAAUUUUACAAAGCUAGUUAGUUUGUUAGGUGCUCCUUGGAUUUUUGUUGAAUUUAAAGCACCAGCUGUUGAACAGAUUUCCAAGACUGGGCUAACUGAGAUUUCCAACUAGGGUUUAUGUCAAAGAUCUAUGUUCUCAGGGAUGGGCACGACUGUUGGACAACUGAAAAUAUGCAUUUGUUUUAGAAGGAGAACAGACGGACACAUGAGUUAUAAUCUACUCACAGGUCUUUACCAUUUAAACUAACACGUCUCAAACUCCUUACGAAAUUCACUGCUUUUGUGUUUGUUUUCGUUGCCUCAUAUUCCUCCUUGCUAUUGCACUGUAGCUAGGUAUGGCGCGAACAGCAACACGUACAAUACUUUUCUUGUUUGUUUGGGAAAUGGGCCUUGAAAUGAAUCCUUGGUUUGAACACAUGAUUGAAUCAUGUUCAGGAAAUUGGAACAUAAUAGAAUCUAGGCCACAGUGAGUAGCGAGCUCACUUUGCACACUGUGGCACAAAUAACGUUUUUGCCUGUGUAGAUUAUUGCAAGGUGUAGGUAUUGGCUGAAUAAAAUAUAAACACUGUUUUAUGUAAACAUGGCAGGUGUGUUACUUGUUUGUGCUCUUACAUAUUAAGUAGAGGGAAAGUGAAUUGGCUGUUCGAUCCUAGCAGUCCAUAAUGUAGGCCUGUUUUUUAUGUGGACUUCACCAGCCUCUUCUAAUAUAGGCCUUCCCCUGCCAGUUUGCCAGCUUGGCCUUGUCUAUCUUAAGGAGGCAGCUAUAGAAAGGGACUGUACUGUGUUUUCUAUUCAGACUGCUCUGAGUCAGGGGUUACUAGCGGAAGGGAGGCGAGAGCCUCAUGCAAGGAGGGAGAGUGCAGACCAUAGAUUCGUCUCUGGUAGUGGUUUGAUUAUGAUCUCUGAUCUAGCCUACAUCUGCAUGUCUCAAAAAGGUUGCGGAAUAAGUAAUCAGAUCAGACUCUGGUCUUAGGUGAAACGAGGAUGACUAACUAGUUCAGAGUAUUAAGCUACAGCUGUCAUGGUUUACAGCUUCAGAAAGGGUGGGUAGUGGACCUAAAAAACACCAAAGAGCCAUCUACUGGUCAAACAAAUGGUUAAAAAUCUUCUCAAGUUGAAAAGUAGAUGACUGACAACUCAGUCUAAGAGGGAUUUAAGAAUUUGCCAAUUGUACAAUUGCUUCAAAUUUGGCUACAUCAACAAUUGGGAAAUGUGUAGCUGCCCUUGCAGCGGUACAUUUUUGAAUAAGCCAUGCAUUUGAGAUGGUGGCGUGUGUGUCUGCAUCCAGCACUGCAGAUUAUAUGCAGGAUAGUGCCGAGCGAAGGAACCCUGUGGAUGGGGCUUAAUGGAACAUUCUCUCUUACCCAGCUGGUGAUCUAGUCAUAACAAUCUCCUUCUAUGGCAAAAACGGCAGUGCUUUCUGUUGGCAAUGGUCUACAGUGAGGGGAAAAAAGUAUUUGAUCCCCUGCUGAUUUUGUACGUUUGCCCACUGACAAAGAAAUGAUCAGUCUAUAAUUUUAAUGGUAGGUUUAUUUGAACAGUGAGAGACAGAAUAACAACAAAAAAAUCCUAAAAAACGCAUGUCAAAAAUGUUAUAAAUUGAUUUGCAUUUUAAGGAGGGAAAUAAGUAUUUGACCCCCUCUCAAUCAGAAAGAUUUCUGGCUCCCAGGUGUCUUUUUAUACAGGUAACGAGCUGAGAUUAGGAGCACACUCUUAAAGGGAGUGCUCCUAAUCUCAGCUUGUUACCUGUAUAAAAGACACCUGUCCACAGAAGCAAUCAAUCAAUCAGAUUUCAAACUCUCCACCAUGGCCAAGACCAAAGAGCUCUCCAAGGAUGUCAGGGACAAGAUUGUAGACCUACACAAGGCUGGAAUGGGCUACAAGACCAUCGCCAAGCAGCUUGGUGAGAAGGUGACAACAGUUGGUGCGAUUAUUCGCAAAUGGAAGAAACACAAAAGACCUGUCAAUCUCCCUCGGCCUGGGGAUCCAUGCAAGAUCUCACCUUGUGGAGUUGCAAUGAUCAUGAGAACGGUGAGGAAUCAGCCCAGAACUACACGGGAGGAUCUUGUCAAUGAUCUCAAGGCAGCUGGGACCAUAGUCACCAAGAAAACAAUUGGUAACACACUACGCCGUGAAGGACUGAAAUCCUGCAGCGCCCGCAAGGUCCCCCUGCUCAAGAAAGCACAUAUACAGGGCCGUCUGAAGUUUGCCAAUGAACAUCUGAAUGAUUCAGAGGAGAACUGGGUGAAAGUGUUGUGGUCAGAUGAGACCAAAAUCAAGCUCUUUGGCAUCAACUCAACUCGCCGUGUUUGGAGGAGGAGGAAUGCUGCCUAUGACCCCAAGAACACCAUCCCUACCGUCAAACAUGGAGGUGGAAACAUUAUGCUUUGGGGGUGUUUUUCUGCUAAGGGGACAGGACAACUUCACCGCAACAAAGGGACGAUGGACGGGACCAUGUACCGUCAAAUCUUGGGUGAGAACCUCCUUCCCUCAGCCAGGGCAUUGAAAAUGGGUCGUGGAUGGGUAUUCCAGCAUGACAAUGACUCAAAACACACGGCCAAGGCAACAAAGGAGUGGCUCAAGAAGAAGCACAUUAAGGUCCUGGAGUGGCCUAGCCAGUCUCCAGACCUUAAUCCCAUAGAAAAUAUGUGGAGGGAGCUGAAGGUUCGAGUUGCCAAACGUCAGGCUCUAAACCUUAAUGACUUGGAGAAGAUCUGCAAAGAGGAGUGGAACAAAAUCCCUCCUGAGAUGUGUGCAAACCUGGUGGCCAACUACAAGAAACGUCUGACCUCUGUGAUUGCCAACAAGGGUUUUUCCACCAAGUACUAAGUAAUGUUUUGUAGAGAGGUCAAAUACUUAUUUCCCUCAUUAAAAUGCAUUUUAUUUAUUUUUUUACAUGCGUUUUUCUGGAUAUUUUUGUUGUUAUUCUCUCUCACUGUUCAAAUUAACCUACCAUUAAAAUUAUAGACUGAUCAUGUCUUUGUCAGUGGGCCAACUUACAAAAUCAGCAGGGGAUCAAAUACUUUUUUCCCUCACUGUACCUACUUCUGUAAAGAUAUCCAUCUCUACCUACUUCUGUAAAGAUAUCCAUCUCUACCUACUUCUGUAGAGAUAUCCAUCUCUUUAAAAUGUAUAAAGUAUAUAAAUAAAUGGGCCAUAACUGACAUUUAAAAGUCUGAAAUAUAGGGCCUCCCGAGUGGCUCAGCGGUCUAAGGCACAAACGGCCGUGACCGGGAGUCCCAUAGGGCGGCGCACAAUUGGCUCAGCGUCGUCUGGGUUAGGGGAGGGUUUGGCCGGGGGGGCUUUACUUGGCUCAUCGCGCUCUAGUGACUCCUUUUGGCAGGACGGGCGCCUGCAGGCUGACUUCGGUCGUCAGUUGAACUGUGUUUCCUCCGACACAUUGGUGCAGCUGGCUUCCGGGUUAAGCGGGCGGGUGUUAAGGAGCGUAAUGUUUCGGAGGACGCAUGACUCGACCUUCACCUCUCCCGAGCCCGUUGGAGAGUUGCAGCGAUGAGACAAGAUCGUAAUUGAAAUUGGGAGAAAAAAGGGGUAAAAUAAAGUCUGAAAUAUUGAAUGAAUAGGCCUAAAAACAUUCAACUUUUCAUUCCCCACUCAAACAAUCAACUCUAAUCUUUGACUGUACACUCACUGAAUCACUAUGAGUGAAGGCUCCCUUGGAAAACACUUAGCCCUAACUUUAGAUGAUUUGCUGACUUUGCAUCUAAGUUGAGGUUCUGCCAUCGAUCGCGUCUGAUAGCGAAAGCAAUGUGAUGACAGGGUUUGGCCUCAGCAGCGUUGGCCAGGCCGGCGGCGCAGAGUGAACAGACCAGGGAUCCUGACCCUCCCUUCUCUCUUUGAGUUUCUUUAAAGGCUGAAUGAUGUUGGCAGGUGUUUUAAAAGGGGAGAGAAAAUGCUUAGAUGCAUUUGUAUGGUAAGCCUUAUCAGUUGCCUUUGGGGUUUGAUGAAGGUAGAAUGAAUAUUGGAGUGUCAGACAGACCAAAGGGGAAUCAAAGCUAUGCUUGUCUGUGGUGCUGAACUUUCUCAUUCUCUUUUAAUUGGCUUUUCCAAAAGGUGGUGUAAGGACAGGCUUUUAAAGAUCCCUCUGAAUAAGUUCACGCUGAACACAACUGAUUAGAUUGGAGAAAAUGAGAUCUAUAGGAACAGUACAACCAUGCAAUAACUGCUGUCAGUGUUGUAAAGAGUAAUUUUCCCGUUUAGGCCAUAUAAAUGCUCAUUUCCAUUUGAAUUCUGCUGCGAAAGAUGGUCUGUUUUAGUCCUGAUGAGCUGACGUCACAGCCUAUGUUUGCUUGGCAUUAGGAUUCCAGGCGAUUGGCUGACCCUGGGCUGCCCGUCUCUCAGCGCUACAGGAUUGGGGUUGGCUGGGUCAGCACAGUGGAGGCUCUAAUUCCCACCCCUAGGGCACCUAAUUAAAACUUACAACCAAGACAAACAACCUUUGACUCUGUCUGCCAUCUCACGAGAACUGCUAUUCUGACAUGCAAAGAGGAGAUCAGUGGGAGAUCAACAUACCCUCUUAGCAAAUAAUUAUGGCACAGCCUGUAUCGGAAUACUACUUCAUGCUUGGUCUCCUGUAUCAAAGCCUGUUUUUAGAUUCUGCUUGUUCAUUUAGUCAGGCCUCCCACUAGAUUGCUAGUUCAUAACUGCUCUGAUAAAAGCAAAAAAACAAACUUUUGUCUCUAUCCUGGGAAUGUAAAAUAUGUAUUAGCACUCAGUUUUGCCCCAGUCGUUUUGUUGUCAUUUGUUAGGUUUGCCCACUUCAUGGACCAUUGCAUUUAAAUAUUGUUGGUUAAAACUAUUUUGCGCUCAAUAUUUUGUAAAACCCAACCCAGAAUGUGUGCAGAGAAUUUUCUUCGUUAUUAUACAGUAUUGAAAAAUGGUCUCGCUCGCACAAGCAUGAGGUCUUUUGUGGAGGCAAAUAAUGCUUGAUGAGUUUAUUAAUUUAAAAAACGAUAUCAGAUUCUUACACGGGUUGUCUCUUUCUUUGCAGUGGCUGACUAACAUGGCUGACUAACUACCUGCCUCAGACUCUCUUCAUGGAUAACAGAGGAAGACGACAAAGGAAACACAAAAUAAAACCUAAUUGAUUAUCAACAAAGACAAACAUCCAGAGGAACCAACCCACCACCAUCGUUCCAUCACUGACUUCCAGUGCAUGUGGCCCUGAAGUCGUUCUAAGGAGGAGGCGGGGAGCACAUAGGCCUAUCACUAUGCACUGUAAACAGAGAUGCUGGGACUGUGGAGGUGUGGGGAGAACCAGGCCUCCCCCAGGCAGGACUAUCCCCCUGGUGCUGGGGCUACUGGUGGCCCUGGUCCAGGGAAGUGUGCCUGGGGAGGGCCUGGGGGAGAUGUUGCCGGUGGACCUGGAAGCCUCCAUGCACUCCUCUGUCCUCUCUGAUCUGCAGGCUGCAGCCUCUGUAGCCACAGAGGGACCUCCCACGGGCAUCCCAGAAUCCCUGGCUGCAGUCACAGAGGUGGCCCCUGCAGGCAUCCCAGACUCUUCAGCAGUGGUGGGCCAGGGGUUCCAGUUGAGGAUUCCGCCUAGGGCGACGAAUGGCAGUUGCAAUGUUAAGGUAAGCACUGUCAUAACUAGGACGUUCCUGCUGAUUUAAAUAUCGUGACCCUCCCCACAUACUGGUGGAGGAUCUAAUGGUGAUAAUCAAACCACAGCUGUAAUGUCCAGAUGAACACUGAUAGUAAUAGGAUAAGAAGCACUGCUUCUUGCGCAAAUAGAUAGCCUACAGUUGUCUGUCCCGAGCUCACUGGUGCGGGAAACUCUGAGGGCCCAGAAUAUUUUAUGCAAUGUUGCGAGUUCGCUAGCGCAAGCUUUGGGCCGGACCCAAGUUAAUAGUUGAUACAAUGUUUAAAGUUUGGCUACACAUGGCCUGUCUGCAAAUGUGAUUUUAUAGGAUAUUUAUUUUUAUCAGGAUAUUUUCUACCUGCAGGCUGCAAUGUUUUUAUUUGUUGGCUUUAUGUAGGCUAUUUUUACAUAAUUGGCAAAAUAAGUUACUUUUUAGGUUUAUCAUUUUCAUAUAGAUUUGGAUAGAAUUUUGAUUAACCACAUGACAAUGAUUUUGAGAUAUGAAGACGUUAUUAUAAAUUAAAUUGUUUCAUGAAAAUGUGUGUAUGAAAACCAUAACUGGCAUGCAGAUCGGUAGAAAUGGUAAGAUAAAUUGGCAUUCGACAUGAGAAAGGUUGCCGACUCCUCAUGUAGCCUAGUAAUAAUACAGUUGUAUAGGGCUGUCCCCAACUUUAAAAAAGCUUGGUCGACCGAGAGUCGUCUGUUCUUUCGACCAAUCGAUUGGUUGAAAUUUUAAGACGUGUAUUUUUCCAUAUAUACACACCCUAUGUUUGAUGCUUUAAACACUGCGAUUAAAAAUGAAGACACACAAAUUACUAAAGAGGGAGCCAGAGAUCAAGAUAGCCUAACCAGAAUUUUAAAAAACUGUUCCUGACCUGACCCUCUUCCUCCUCCUCCUGCUGCUGCUGGCCUUCGCAGAUUCUGCCCGUUACGCUACUGAAGUUGCCGGUAAUAGGCUACACCAGCAAAUCUAAAAGUAACUUAUAUUGCCAUUGCCAAUAUGUAAAAAGAGCCUACAUAAGCCAACAAAUAAAAACAUUGCAGCCCCCAGGUAGAAAAUAUCCGGAUUUAAAAAAUAAAUAUCCUAUAAAUCACGUUGGCUACGCAUGGCCUGUCUGCAAGGAACUUGAAACAUUGUAUCAACUAUUAACUUGGUCCUGCCCAAAGCUUGUACUAGCAAACUUGCAACAUUGUAUAAAAUAUUCUGGGCCCUCAGAGUUUCCCGGAGCCAGUGAGCUCCAGACAGACCGACACAGCUGUAGGCUAUAUGCAUAAGAAGUAAUCAGGUAGGCCUAUUUUGUGACGUUUCCACCGGCUACGUUGAGGAACUAUUAUCAUUCUCAAUGGAUUUAAAAACAGACUUUGUUUACUUGCUGUUUUGAGGCGAAGAAGAAAUUACUUUGAAGCUCCACAGUGAUGGUGAGUUAAGACGAUCAGAAAUAGUAUCAGAUCCUCAAAUGGGCACAUUUAUAGACCUGAGGUAGCCUUGGCCUACUUCUAUGUGUAAUCAGGUGCGUGUCCUUACUCAACAUUUAACAGGAGAGCUCCAAACAAAAGACAAUUCAUAAAUUGACAACUCCAUAAAUGGAAUGAAAUAAACCAAAACUUUCUCACAAGUGUAGCCUAGGUUGUGCACUCUGCAAACAACGUGUCCACUCCUACAAUGACAACGGUAAGACUGUAAUAAUAUAUUGAAUGCAUUAACAAAAAUUACCGUACCAAACAAACAUUGUAGAUUAGAAAUUAUGGUAUCCUAAUUAAUGGUAUAUGUACUAUUGGUGAGCAGGCAAUGGAUUAGUCCACUCAAAUAAUUGUUAUAUAUUUGCAACUGCUCGACUAAAAAAAUCUCGGUCGACCAACAGCCUAUCGACCAGUCGACUAAAUGGGGUCAGCCCUACAGUUGAAAUAUCUUAAUCCUGAUAGAAUAGUAGUAUCAUGCAGUAAGGAUCUCUGUGUGUGACCCGAAGAAUCUGGCGGGACUGAAUCAGUUUUAGUUCUGGGUUAACCGAGGAAUAUGCAGUUGGUAAUCAUCCACUAUAUGACCCUUACUCAAUCGAAGCAACCUCUCUGUGCUGAAGGAGUGAAGUUUUUGUCUUUUACCAACAUUAGGAAACCUGGUUAUUGGUUUUGAUUGAACAGGGCUCUCUAGAACUUACCUUUUUGUGUGCGGCUGUAUUUCAAUGAAAACUAUGGCGUCCUUAAUGCAUCAGUAGACAAAAAGUGCUUUUUUAUAUGAUGUAUUGAAAUGUGUGUGUUACAUAACAACACACUGAUGAGAUCGUGCCAUUGAAUACAUUUUAUCCAAUUUAACUUUAUGAUGAUGUUAAGCUGCUCAGAUGUUUAUUGAUUUCCUUUUAUAUGAUGUAAUAUGCCAGUUUAUAGGUUAUAUGUAGGGUUGCAAAAUUCCUAUAACUUUUUUUUAUUAAAUUCCCCUGGUUUUCCAGAAAUCCUGGUUGGAGAAUUCCCGGAAUGAGGAGGGAAUAAGCAGGAAAUCCUCCAACCAGGAUUUCUGGGAAAAAAACAGGGAAUUUAUUGAAAGUUCCUGGAAUUUUGCAACCCUAGUUAUACACAGAGUGUACAAAACAUUAGGAACACCUGCUCUUUCCAUGACAUAGACAGACCAGGCGAAUCCAGGUGAAAGCUAUGAUCCCUUAUUGAUGUCACUUGUUAAAUCCACUUCAAUCAUUAUAGAUGACGGGGAAGGAGACAGGUUAAAGAAGGAUUUUUAAGCCUUGAGACAAUUGAGACAUGGAUUGUGUAUGUGUGCCAUUCAGAGGGUGAAUGGGCAAGACAAAAUAUGCCUUUGAACAGGGCAUGGUAGUAGGUGCCAGGUGCACCGGUUUGAGUGGGUCAAGAACUUCAACGCUGUUAGGUUUUUCAUGCUCAACAGUUUCCCGUGUGUAUCAAGAAUGGUCCACCACCCAAAGGACAUCCAGCCAACUUGACUGUGGGAAGCAUUGGAGUCAAUAUGGGCCAGCAUCCCUGUGGAAUGCUUUCGACACAUUGUAGAGUCCAUGCCCCGAUGAAUUGAGACUGUUCUGAGGGCAAAAGGGGGUGUAACUCAAUAUUGGGAAGGGGUUCUUAAUGUUUUGUACACUCAGUGUAUAACAUUCAACAUGUCACUCUGUAUGUUCCUCUACCUCAUUUCUGUAAUAUUUUGUGCUCAACGGCUUGAUCACAAUAGUGUACCUCUUCCAGUCUUCCUGUCUAUGCUGAAAUAACAAUGUGAGGAGGUUACCUUGCACAAAAGUCAUCUCUCAAAUUCUCUUUGGAACUGGGAACAGCUAUUACAGCUGAGCAGAAAAUUGCCUUCAAUCUGUGUGGAUGGAGAAUGGUGGAAACAAAGCCUUUUUGGGCAGCAUUGUAGUCCUGCUCAAUAGGCUUAACUUUACAUAACCCCAACUUUUCAUUCUUUUCUAUUUCCUAUUCGCAGUUCUACCUCCCCAAGCCCGUAUGGCCAUUUUGAACCCUUCUGCAAUUAUUUAUAUUGGGUAUUAAACAUACUCUAGUCUAGAUCAUUCUGUUGCAGCAAUUUGUUUCAGUCUUAGGCUUCUGAAGAGCUAGCCAAAUAUCCACAUAUUUGCAGUGCUAUGUAUGGAAUGGAUAUGCGUCAUAUUAAUUCCUCUCAGUGCGUUCUCUCACUGAUUUACUGCUGAUUUUAAGUUGAUUGUUGUGCAAUUUGUUCCACGAGGAGUUUAUGAAUGAGAAGAGUAUUAUUAUUAUUGGCUCCUUGUAUUAUUGGGAAUAAUAUCCUGACAAAUCAUAAUGUGUCUAAAUGAAGGGCUGAUGACUCAGGCUGCUGUCAUUUUGUGAAUAGGGGCUCACUGGGAGCCGAGCUUCCUGCUCACUUCGACAAGGGUCGGUAGAGACCGCAGUACAGACACAAUGAGUCAAUGAAAAAUGUGAGACUGAGUUUUCCACAUCAGGUCUGUCUGAUAAACCCUUUCAUCAUAAUACCCUUAAGAUUACUGUACAGUUGGAUAGGUUUUUAUUGGCAGGAUCAGCCUCUUGUGUGAAACACCCUGUCCUUUCAGAGUUUUGAUCUAUGAGCCAUAACGUUUCCGUAUCUCUAAACCUUUCUUCUUCUCUCCUAUUGCAGUUAACUGAGGUGGGAAAGGAAAGCUUACCCUCCUGGCUGUACUGGGCCACAGGGAGCUGCAUCCUACGAGGGCUGGCCCUGGAGCAGGACAGAGGUGUCCACCAUAUCUCCCUCUCUGGCUCUGAGAUAAACAGUGGCCAUGGCCUGGAGGUCUUCUCUAUUGAGGUGCACCCAGAGGAGCGGGCCGACACUGAGCCGGCCCUGUUGGCUCUCCAGGCCGAGGCCAACAACCUCCAGCCCUUCACCUGCGGCAGCGAGGAGCCUGUCACUGUCCUCACCAUCAUCCUGGAUGCUGACCUCACCAAGAUGGACGCCCAUCAGAGGGUAGGCCUGCUGGCCAGCAUGAAUAAGUUUUCCGGUGUCCCCCUGGAGCACAUGAGGGUGGUCCCUGUCAUCAACAACCGCCUGUUCGACAUGUCCGCCUUCAUGGCCGGGCCCGGAAAUGCCAAGAAGGUGGUGGAGAAUGGGGCCCUGUUGUCAUGGAAGCUGGGCUGCGCACUGGACCAGUCCAACAUUCCGAACAUCAACAGCGUCCAAUCACCUGCCAAGGACGGGUCCAUGUCGUCCAAUUUAGGCUACCCAGUGGUGGGCUGGCACAUCGUCAACAAGAAGCCCCACGUGGUGAAACGGGUCAGGAGGCAGCUGGGAAACACCCCCACCCCUGUACCCUCCCUGCUCCCCCCAACCACUUACCCUGAGCCCCCUACUCGCAUUGUUCCCACCCCCACAUCCCCUUCCAUCUCCCCAGCCACUGACAGCUCUGCCCCCCCUGUCCGUGGCCCCUUGCCCCUGCCGGUGAUGCCCACUAUCAGGCUGAGAGAUCAGAUAGCCCACACUCCUACUAUUGGGGCUCCUCAGCCUACUAGGGUCCUGGGCACCACCAGUAACAUCCCCAUCCAGCCUACUAUGACCCGGCCUGCUAUUCCAGAGGCUACUGCUCUUCCCACCCCACCAAGCACCACUAGAAAGCCAAAGACCUCCACCACCAAGAAAACCAAGAAGCCCAAAACCUCCACUCCAGUGCCCAGAGAACCUAAGACCACCAUGGCUAAGCCACCCAGACGCACCACCCCUCUGUCUGCUGUUCCUGACUACAACAACGAGAAGCCCCAGCUACGCAACCCCAUCGAUGAGGUGAAUGCCUGGGUCGGGACCUACUUUGAGGUGAAGAUUCCUCCAGAUACCUUCUUUGACAAAGAGGAUGGCACCACGGACAAGCUGCGUCUGACUCUGAGAAAGAACCACAACGAAGUGGUGAGUGAGACCUCUUGGAUACAGUUUAACAGCACCAUCCAGCUCCUGUACGGUCUCCCUGAGAAAGAACAUGUGGGCAAACACGAGUACUUCAUGCUGGCCACCGACAAGGCAGGCAUGAGCACCAUAGAUGCCUUUGAGGUCCAUGUCAACCGUUGGUCGGCCACCGACAAGCCCUCCGUUGUUUUCGCCGCCCGUUUCCAUGGCGAACCCAAGACACUGACCAACAACGUCCACAAGAAGAUCCUCCUGACUAAGAAGCUGGCGUAUGCACUGGGCGACCGGAACACCAGCACGGUGACCCUGCGGAGCAUCACCAAGGGCUCCAUUGUGGUGGAGUGGACCAACAACAGCCUCCAGCAGAGCCCCUGUCCCAAAGACCAAAUCACCGUCCUCAGCAGAAAGAUAUCCGACCCCCAGGGCAGGCCCACUCGGGCCUUCUCCAAUGCCAUGGAGCCAGACUUCAAACCCAUCAACAUCUCCGUCCGCGGCACCAACAAAUGCCAGACCUACACGUUUGUGCCCCCAGGAGAGGUGAUCAUCCCUGUUCCCCCUCCAGCCACUCCUUCCCCUGGUACUGGUCGUAGCACCAGUGACGAUGUUUACCUGCACACAGUCAUCCCGGCUGUGGUAGUGGCGGCACUACUGCUGAUCGCCGGCGUCAUCGCCAUGGUCUGCUACCGCAAGAAGCGCAAGGGCAAGAUGAGCAUUGAGGAGCAGGCCACCUUCAUCAAGAAAGGCGUGCCCAUCAUCUUUGCAGACGAGCUGGACGACUCCAAGUCCCCCCCGUCCUCCAGUAUCCCCCUCAUCCUGCAUGAGGAGAAGCCGCCCAUGCCCCCUCCGGAGUACCCCAACAUGGCUGGCCCUCACAGCACCCUGCUCAACCAGGAUCUCCUGAUGGAGGAGUACUCCAUCUACCAUGAUGAUGAUGAUGAUGAUGACCCCAACGCACCCCCCUAUCAGCCCCCGCCACCCUUCACUGUCCCCAUCGAGGGGAAAGGGUCCCGCCCCAAGAACAUGACAUCAUACAGGUCACCACCUCCCUACGUGCCUCCCUAA